CAUUAUAGUAGCGAACGAAGUAGAGAGUAUGCCGACAGAAAUCAUUCUGGAAAAACUUAAUUUAGCAGGAGUCGAUGUACUGAAACUUAUAGAGCUAUUAAAAGUAUGCCUCCAGGAGUAUUUGGAGUCAAAAAAUAAAACCCGUCAGCAGCCGCUUGUUGCAAAUAAAUCAACAGAGACUGUUCCAAAUAUUGAAAUAAGAACAAUUCUAAACCCCCCUACUUUCCAACUUACGACAUCAGUAAACGAUGGUGGCUAUUCAUCUUCUGUUAGUACGCAGACAAACGAACCUGCUCUACAAGUUCAGCUCAAGAGCGUCUCCCAGCCGCACUGUCCUUCACAAGACGUGCAUUCAAUAAUUUGUCGACCUAACCAACAAUAUAAUUAUUCGCAGCAAACAAAUCAAAACACCAAUACCGUACAACAACCAUCUCAGAUCGUUGCACCACGUCAGACUCCUUUCGCAAUGCCACAUAUCCAGGCAGUCAUGCCGCAGAAAAAUUUUGCAAGUGCGAUUACUAAUUUCCCCGCUAUUCCUGCACAAAAUAUUCAAAUUAAUUCAUCGCAACCACUUCCGCAAAACCAAAACAAUUUCCAGCUACCGCAGAAUCAAACUGAAUCGGUUAAUAGGCCAUAUUACAACACGCAGGGUUCAAUGGAUUACUCUUACCAGAAUUCCCAACAGAAACAAGGCUCCGGUAGAAGAAGUUCACAAGAAGUUUAUAACUCCAACAAUAACAAUUCUUCUCUCCGAUAUGGUGGCCAUGGUCGCCCUCGUCAAAGCUUCAAUCCGUGCAAUAACGCAAUGCCUCACAUUGGUAAUUACUCCGACCGUUAUAAUCAAUACAAUAAUGUUACGGCGGUGACAGAAUCAUCGUAUUCACACAUGAUAAGACACCAAAACUCAGUCGAUCCGAGGUUUAAUUCGUCACAAAAUGCAAUGGGUUUCUAUAAUCAGAUGGAUAAUUAUGCUUGCAAUAAUACAAGCAAUGUACAAUAGUUUGAGUUUCCAUAAAAUAUAUUUGAGUUAGAGGAGAGAGCAGAUAAUGUGUGGUUGUUGUUGGUGCUCACGUGAACCCUGAUUAGGAUCAUUGCAACCUUUGGCUUGCCUUCAUUGGCCGUCCAAAAAUGUACGUGUAAAUAACAGAUUGAG